CUGGCACUCUUCUCGCAUGUCAAUCACUGCAGCGAAGCAUCUGGGUAGGCACGUCCACGCCUCCUACAAGUGCCGUUGAAGCGCCCGCUAUAAUGGGUCACAAACACGGGCACGCUUGAGAUCUUUGACUAGUUUAUCACGAUACAACUUGAUGCGACGUGACGUUGUUGAGAACUACACACUACUUUACGUUUCAUCAAUCUGGCGUGUGGCUUUCUUUUGAGUUGUAUUCAGGCAUUUAAGUAGGGUUCAACCUUGCAUUAUGCAACUUCGUCGGUGAAAAGUUGCGAGCUGCGACGCGCGACAGCGGCCGAUCAUACAUACCGUCGAUCAAAGGCGCUUGUUCCUUUCGUACUGCCUAGUCUAUCGGGUGAGUCUGCUGCUGUCUAGGGGCUCCGAGUCCAUCGUCCACUCAUCUAAGAGGAGUCAGAGCAGUUCUGUCUCGCUUUCUUCUCCUCUUUUUAUCUUAUUGUCGCUACAGUAAUUGACGACAAUGGACUCAGAACUCACCAAAGAUAUCGCAGAACUCCUCCACCUUCCUCCUCGCAAGAACCUGUCUUUUCAUCUUGUCCUUCUAUUCGCUGUACUACCUAUCUGGUCUGUGAUCCCUAUCUCCUGGGGCUUCGUUGCCUAUUGCCUUUUUUCUUGUUCGAUUUGGACAUUUGCCUGGUAUGGCAAACUGCUGUUUGCGUGGGCGCUCUGUGAGGUCAUCUUUAGCGUUUACCUGUAUGGUCUUGCACGCCUUGUAUCAAGGCCCCAUUCCCAUGGUCCUAUAAGCCUUACCGAGUUGCAGUGCGCUUUUAAACGCUCUCUUCAGGCUGGUUUAGCAUCGUUACCAAAAGAAGGCUCAGAAGAGGAAGAUGGCGGGAGGCCAAGUAGUCCCACAGAGGAUAUCGUAGCUCUGGAGUUCGACGAUCCUCGUGCGGUCGAUUUUCGUAACUAUAUGCGCACAUGGUGCGUCCCUGGCCAUAUAACCCCACGCGUACGCAGUCUUAACCGCAGUCUCUUAUUAAGGUUUGGCAAGGUUCCUUGGUCAUCAAUCCGUAGGCAUGAGAUGUAUGCGUGGCUCUAUUGGUACAUCUACAAUGCACCUUUUACCUCUUUGGAGUCACUUUCAGACGCUGAGAAAACCAUCCUACAAGAUGCUCUGUCAUUGAUAGAGAAACGUGCCGGAACGUCCAUUUCGGAGGGUUCAAACCUGGACAGCAGCCCUCUUCUUCUCACUUUGGAUCCAAUCAACGUCGCUUGGAGACCUCUCGUGUGGUAUGCCUUUGUGGCGAUUAGCAACCACAUCAUUCGCCGAGAUUUACAAAUGAAGUGGAACGUUAAGUCCGAUAGUUAUAAUGGCUUACAGUAUCUUCUCCAUAUGCCCCGUUCGUGGUCUCCAGAAACAGGCCCUCGUCCGAUUGUUUUCAUCCACGGACUCGGCCUUGGGCUUCUACAGUAUAUUGUGUUCCUCACGCAACUGCUGCGUGCAGUCCCUGACCGUCCCGUCUUGAUACUCCUGCAUCCUCACGUCAGUCAGGACAUAUUCAAUCGUCGUUUCCUGAAGCCCAUGAACAGACACGAGUCUGCUGAAUGUCUCGCGGGCUUAUUGCGCGAGCUUGGCUGGGUAGAACAAUGCAGUGCUGAGAAUGAGGAAAAGUCCGAGAAACAAGAGACGCAAGCUCACCGGCCAAGUGGCGUUACUGUGAUCAGUCAUUCGAGUGGUUCCUUCACGCACGCUUGGAUGUUGAAGGCGUACCCUGAGAUGAUCCGGCGUUCUUGCUUUGUCGACCCCGUGACAUUCUGCUCUUGGGAAGGAGACCUUUGCUAUAACUUUAUUUAUAGACGUUCCGUAAAUGGCCUCGAGCUCCUCAUGAAGUACUUCGUUGGAAUGGAAUUAGGUGUAGCCAACUUCCUUCAACGUCAUUUCGACUGGCACGCAAACUCGUUAUGGCUACAAGAUAUACCCAAUGCAUAUGAUCCGUCCAAGACGAAGUUUUUCCUCGGCGGAAAGGAUUCUGUGGUCGACGCCGAGCGUGUCAAACGCUAUCUCACAUCACAUGGCAUUCGCAAAGGUCUAUGGUUCGAUCCCGAUGGUCGACACGGACAGGCACUCCUUACCGGUGGCGAAGGCCUCAAAGAAAUCUUACGAUGGUUACGUGAAUCCUCGUGAACAUCGUGCAACUUAUCCGCAUCAUUGCUUGGACUUCCUUUGCAUGUCAAUCACGAUUCACGUCUUCACAAUGAUAGUUGACUUACAAAGUUACUGUAUUCAAACUCGUUGAUUCGCUCUAUUAGAUGUUUUCUUAAUGUACUGGAUAGUUUCUGGCAUAUUAUACACGCCUUUGUAUUUGGACGGACGGUAAGGUUUGUAGCAAUAGAACAAAACUAGCCCUUCUGAUCCCCUAGGAUAAUAAGUAGUAAGUUGUCCGAUGUACCAUACCGCCAUGUACUUCCCUAGAGUUGCAUGAACACAUUGAACAUAUCCCUGGGUGUGUUAUUUAAUCUACAGGCAAUACACUUAUCAUGAAAGU